AUGACCUGCGAGCCUAUAGAGCUAAUUAAGCCGCCUUGCAUGAGCUGUGUGUGGUUUUUGUCGGGAUUUUUUCUUCAGUCUUUUUGUAGGGCAGAGGUUGCGGGUGGUACUGCAUCGGGGAAAAAAAGCACUAACUGCAACAUCAACAGCACCAACAGAGGCAACAAGAGCAACACCAGCAACAGUAACAACAAAGAUGAGAAAUCGCUGGCUUCCUGGCUUCAUGAAGAAAUAAGUCUAGAGUGCCAGAUGAGGAAAAACUUGUUCAUCUUCAGCUCUAACGAGCUAACGGAACGACAAUCGGGCCAACUGACGGAUGGACUAAUGGACUGA